AUGAAGCAAUUCCCGUACAUUUCGCUCUCGAACCCAACGCUCAUGCUCAGCUGCGUCCUGGUGCUGAUCAACCACUAUUUAUGGUUCAAACACUUCAAUGACGUGAAGAUCCCGCCUCAGUUCAAGUUUGAUCCGAACUACGUGCCCAAGAGACGCGCUACGUUUGCCGAAGUGGCCUCGUUCUUUGGGAUCUGCAUAUGGUUUAUACCGUUUGCGCUAUUCGUGUCGCUUUCUGCUGGGGAGAACGUGUUGCCCACGCAUACGAGCGGCAAGAAGAGCGACGAUGCGGCUGCCAUGGGCUCGGCUGGCGCCGCAGAAGGGUCCAAGACUGGUGUUAGGAGACGGGCCAAGGGUCUUGCGAUGAUCGUGAUUGAUUAUGCGAGAGAGUACUUCUACUCGAUUGGGAAGCUCUUUGGCUUGAAAGACAGCAAGAAGGCGGACGGGUUGUUGAUCUAG